ACUUUCCUGGGAGCGACUUUAGGGGGAUGUUUGGAGCUCUUGUAACAUUGUAGUAACAUGUUUUUUAGGGGAUCAAGAGCCAAUUUAAUAUUCAAAUAGAUGGUCUAAAGAUUCUAAUUUUUACUUAACACCUACUCUGUGUUCUUUAUACAUCCAUUUUGUCUCCUCCACAUGUGAGUGAGGGCCAUUUUUAAAUUUGCUUCAUUUUUUGGGUUGUGAACAAAGAAUUCAUCAAUAAGUACUGGUGGUGAGCUUAGUGUUUAAUUGGAUUGGUCCUUGGAAAAUAGAUAGCUUGUUUCUAUGUACUUUUCAGCACAAUAGAACUUUUUAGAGUAUAUGCAAUACUGGUUUAGCCUUUGAGAACACCACUUAGACAUCUUAACUCAGCAUGUGCAAAACUGAAUUCAUUAUCUUUUUUACUACAGUUUUUCCUGACUUCCCAGUUGUUGAGACCCAAGCAACCUUGUAGUCAUCCUCAGCUCUCAGCAUCUGUAGAAGAUGCCUACUUCUCUAACACUGCCUGGACCCUGGUUCAAAGACAGGCCAAAGUUAUCUUCUCAUUUGGAUUUCAUAUAUGGCCAACUGAUGUAGCCAAGAGUUACAGCACACAGAAGUCAGAGCUUCAGAAUGACCGAGGAAGCAUGCAGAACACGGAGUCAAAAACGAGCACUUGAACGUGAAACAACCCUAAAUGAUGUGGAUAGUAAAAAAAUAAAGAUGGAGAAAGGAUUACUGGGAUCAGACCACAAGAGUGAAGGUGACUUGAAAAUAAAGUCUGAGCCCGGAGCAGCCAAAGUCCAAGGAUUACUAAAAGGAGGUGAAGUUAAGGCAACUAUUAAGGUGGAAGUACAAACAGAUGAUGAGCCAGUGGAUAUGAGUACCUCAAAAAGUGAUAUGAAGCCAGAGAAGAGAGUUCCCUCACCUGAUAUUAUAGUGUUAUCAGACAAUGAGCCUUCAAGUCCUAGAAUGAAUGGUUUAACAAAAAUACCAUUAAAGGAAACCAAUACAGAAGCCCUCAUGAAAAGCAGCCCAGAAGAACGAGAGAGAAUGAUCAAACAACUUAAAGAAGAAUUACGAUUAGAAGAAGCAAAACUCGUUUUGUUGAAAAAAUUAAGACAAAGUCAAAUACAAAAAGAAGCCACUACCCAGAAGCCUACUGGCUCUUCUGGGAAUGCUGUGGCCACCCCUCCCCCCCUGGUACGGGGAACACAAAACAUUCCUGUUGGCAAGCCAUCUCUUCAGGCCUCUUCUACUAGAAUACCAGGCAAUGUUAUUCCCCCUCCUCUGGUCCGGGGAGGUCAACAGACAUCUUCAAAGCUGGGGUCUCAGCAGAACACACAAAUAGUGAUGCCCCCUCUUGUUAGAGGAGCACAGCCAAUAUCUGUCUCUCCCCAGCAAAUCCAUAACAUCAGGCAGCAUUCCAGCACAGGGCCACCUCCUCUACUUCUGGCACCACGGGCAUCUGUUCCCAGCGUGCAGAUUCAGGGUCAGAGAAUUAUACAGCAGGGUCUCAUCCGAGUUACCAAUGUCCCCAACACUAGCCUGCUGGUAAAUAUCCCACAGGCCUCACCAACUUCAAUUAAAGGUACAACAGUCACAUCUGCUCAGGGUAAUGCAACUACCACGGGUGUUGCAUCCAUAGUGAAUGCCAAUGAUUCACCAGCCAGUCGGCAAGCUGCUGCAAAGCUUGCCCUACGCAAACAGCUGGAAAAAACGCUGUUAGAGAUUCCCCCUCCUAAACCACCUGCACCAGAGAUGAACUUUCUACCCAGCGCAGCCAACAAUGAAUUUAUAUACCUAGUUGGAUUAGAGGAAGUGGUACAAAAUCUCUUAGAAACUCAAGGCAAAACUUCAACUGCAACUUUAUCCCAUGAGCCCUACAUGUGUGCUCAAUGUAAGACUGAUUUCACCUGCCGAUGGCGAGAGGAAAAAAAUGGAACCAUUAUGUGUGAAACUUGUAUGACAUCAAAUCAGAAAAAGGCACUAAAGGCUGAACAUACCAAUCGCCUGAAGGCUGCAUUUGUGAAGGCUUUGCAGCAAGAGCAAGAGAUUGAACAGCGGAUAUUACAACAGACCUCUUCUCCAGUGCAGACCAAGCCAGAGCCAAUGACCCAACAUCAUUCACUGAAACAGACUUCUAGCCAGCUGGCCCGAGGCCCCCCAGGGGCACCCAGAGGAGUCUUACACACAUUUAGUCAGUCACCUAAACUGCAGAAUACAGCAGCUCCUGCAGCACUUGUUACCAGGCCAGGUAAGCACGCCGAGAGACCUGUCAGCAAAGGCAAUGCUACCACCAACUGGAAGAAGACUCCCAUCAAUACAGGUGGCGCUCUUACUUUUGUUAACCCUAGUUUAGCAGUACAUAAAAGUUCUUCAGCAUUAGAUCGUCAGCGUGAAUAUCUGUUAGACAUGAUCCCACCACGAUCCAUCCCUCAGUCUGCCACAUGGAAGUAAUGCAAAGCAAAGCCCAAGUGGAAGAUUUCCCUCUUUCUGCCACCCUUUUUUAUGCCACAGUACAGUGUGGGACCUGCUUUAGUCCAACAGCUGGAUAUGCCCUCUCCCCUUUUUUGAAGGAAGCAAGAUGACCAAUUCUCAACUUCAAAGUGCUACUGCUCUCAUAAUGAAUAUGAGAAUAACUGCUGGGUUGUGGAAACAGAACUUUUUGAUACUUUGGCUAGAAAAUUCUCAAGAUUGGCUGGUGGUAAAGGGCAGAGGGGUGAAAUCAACAUUACUUUGGUUGGGGGAGGGGAGGGCGUUACGUGGGGUUUUUUUGUUUUUGUUUUUUGUCUUUAGUUUCACAUCACCAGCACAAAAUUGGGACUAAAUGGACUUGUUCUGCCUUUGGUUUCUUUCACAUUAGUACCUUGCCAGUCACAAGAACAUGUGAGAUGCACUGGAGACCAAGAAUGCCCUUGUGUGAAUAGUGAAAACAGAACCCAGUGAUUACAGAUGUGUUUAGUGGGUUGGAUUUUAUUUUAUUUUUUGUCUUCCCCCCCAUUCUCUCACCCAUUUCUGACUGCCUCCCCUCACGGCAAUCUUACAGAUUGAAAUAUUUUUUAAUCGGCUCGUAAUAAUGGAGUUAGUGAUAAAGAAGUGCAAACUCAAGUAUUCCAGUUGGACAUAAUUCCUCCUGGACCGGUUUGUGCUUGGGAAGGCACCAUUAAUAAGAAUCCAUGGCAUAGACGUCUUAUUUUCAGCAGAAUUUGUUGGACAGACUUCAUAAGAAGCUCGGAGGUCUUAGCCCUGAAAUUAUUGAACGUUGAGCAGCUGCUGCCUCAGCCACAUUCCUCCAGCAGAGAGCAUGUUGCUUAGUUUUAAGUUUCCAGAAACUAGGACGCUUAUCAAAAAGAACAAAACAAAAAAAACUGAAAAAUAAAACAAAAUAGAAA